AACUUCAGUCACAGGGCGAGAUCAGAAAGCGCGCACAAAAUCAAAACAAACUUUUGUUCAACGAAAAAGGCCGCAGUCAGCAGCGCAACCGUUUCUAGUUUUGUGCGGUCGCUUUGUGCAAAUAUCAAGUGUUUUCUCGUUAUUUUGCGAAUAAUUCCCCCGGAAUAAGUUUCUGUGAUGUGAAUCGGUUCCGCCGUGCGUGCGCCGUAAUGUCGUUUCCACAUCCGUACGGACGACAACCGCCGCCGUCCCGGCCGAGAAUGAGUGGAUUGUUCAAAGUUCCCGUGGCGCCGCCGCCACCGCCGCCGGCUUCGACAGGGGCACGACUUCCUUCCGCUAGUAGCAGCUUCGGCAGCAGAUCCGACGUUCCCGGUCCACAGCCCAGCUCGAGCCAGAGUUUGCUUUCGAGACGGCGAGCCGUUACGCUGAAACGGACCAGCGCUCCAGCCGCGCUUCCGGUGAACGAGCAACCAGCGGUUCGAGGGGCUUCAACAAGUAGUAGGAACGUUGGCGAAAUUACGAGGAAUUUGAUGGAUUUGGACGAAACGUUAUUCAAUGCUGUGAACUUGGAUGUCCUGGAGAAGCAGGCGAAUUCGCCGCCAGUGCUCCAACAGAAAGACAUGCCGGAGGGGGCCCCCAGGAGCGGCAUCGGCGGGAGUACUGCGAGAGGUAGUCCUCAAUAUCCCACUCCGAGAAGAAAAAAAGCCCGUCGAAACGGUCUUAUUGUGUUGGACAUGACCAGAGACGAACUCCACUCUCCCGCAGAUAUUCCGAAGCUGCCCGCCGUAGAUAUAAAAACAGCCAACCACCGAACGAGAACGAUACCAACUAAUAGUGAAACCGCAGUCCCACCUCCGGAAAUGAUUUCCCGGGAUCCCACUAUGAAUCUGUUUGAUUGGGAUUCUCAGGCAUUUCACUCGCAAGUAAACAACCACGGAUCCAAUACGUCCACAAGUCCUCCCCGCGAGUUCAAUACACCGACAAGUCCUCCCCGCGAUCCGGUAGAAGAUUACGAAGAUUUUCCCUGUUACCAGGGCCAAUCGGCCAACGAAAACCGAACGGAGGAUCCGCCGCCGGACGACGGGAACUGUUCGCUGCUGCUUCUGGAGGAAGUGGCCCGGGAUCCUCAUCGCCCUUUGACGCAGACCGGAAUCCAUCGAGAUCAUCCAGAAAACCGCAUCAAUGACCUAACCUAUUCACAGUACGUCCGCCACGAGUACUCCAUGCUGGAGGAGAACCGGGCCAACGUGGUGGAUGACGAGGUAGACUACGAACUGGCGCAGGAGUUCGAUCGGAGGAGUCAAAACCGGACGAUGGUUGAAGCCGAUCUGAAAAUUUGCGACCAGGUCUUGGCCGACUGGAGUAAUAUCGGUUGGAACGAGAACGCGGAUGAAGCGGGGCCGUCGACGGCGGCGAAGUCUUGCUUGGACGAUAUCUUCGGAAAGAAGUCGAACGGGCCACGCCGGACGGUGACGAUGGAUUCUCCGAAACAGGUGGCCAAGAAGGCAGCGCCAUUGGUGUCGUCGCACUUUCAGGAUUUAGGACCGUUCUACGGGCUGCCGAACCGGAUUCGAGAGCUGCUCAAGGAGUUUCGAGGGAUUACGGAGAUGUACGAUUGGCAGAAGCAGUGCCUCCUGCUGCCGGCCAUCGUCGAGCGAAGGAACCUCAUCUACGCCCUUCCCACCAGUGGCGGCAAAACCCUGGUAGCCGAGAUCAUCAUGUUCCGCGAAGUGCUGCUGCGGCGCCGUUGCGUCAUGUUCAUCGUUCCGUACGUUUCGCUGGCCCAGGAAAAGCUGGCCGCCCUGUCGCCGUUUGCCGUAGCAACCGAGUUCCUGGUGGAGGAGUACAGCGGCGGCAAGGGAAUGAUCCCGCCCCGAAAACGGCGGAAAAAGCAAUCGAUUUUUGUAUGCACCAUCGAGAAGGCGCUGGUUCUACUGGAUAGCUUGAUCGAGGCUGAUCGCGCGAACGAGAUAGGGCUGAUCUGUAUCGAUGAGCUGCACAUGAUCGGAGAGCCCGGGCGGGGAGUGAAUCUGGAAGUGUUGAUCACUAAGGUGAUGGCGAUACAAGCGGGAAUCCAAAUUAUCGGAAUGAGUGCCACCAUCGGCAAUCUGGCGGAGAUCGCGAAGUUCAUGUCGGCGGACAUAUUCAGCCAGGAUUUUCGACCCGUUGAGUUGAAGGAGUACGUAAAGUGUGGUAGCGAUCUUUUGGAGAUCAAACACGGUGCCAGGACGUUGGAGGAAGCCUUCGUGAACAAGCAGUCGUUGAAUUUCAGUUAUUCCGAUUACGACCUUCGGGCCGAUCCUGAUCACGUGGUCGGGCUGGUAAUGGAGACCAUUCCCAAGGAUCCCUGUCUGAUCUUCUGCCCUACGAAGCGACGAUGUGAACAGCUGUGUUCGUUCUUGAUUGAGCACUUGCCAGAGGAAGUGGCGCAUUAUCGGGCCGAAGAGCGAAAAGGUUUGAUCGAUCUUCUAGCGAAUGAUGGAUCAACGGCCACUCUACUGCCGGCAGCCUUCCGACUCGGGAUCGCAUAUCAUCAUUCCGGAUUGACCUUCGACGAACGAAAGCUUAUCGAGGAUGCCUUUCGGGCAAAAGUCCUUUCGUUGAUAAUCUGCACCUCCACCUUAGCCGCGGGGGUUAAUCUACCAGCCAAACGGGUGAUCAUACGAUCGCCAUACAUCGCCACGGAGUUCCUGACCCUGAGCCGGUACAAACAGAUGGUCGGUCGAGCCGGACGCGCCGGAUUCGGCACCAACGGCGGAGAAAGCAUAUUGAUUUGCUCUCAAAAAGAUAUCUCCGCGGUAUGCAACCUCCUCUGCUCACCAAUGGACGAAGCCAAUUCCUCCCUUCAUGCGGAUAGUUUCAUUCACCUCAAGAACCUGAUCCUCAGCGCGGUUGGUUUGGGCAUCUGUUCGACGCGAAACGACAUCCAAAAACUCGUAACCAAAACACUCCUAGCGAUCCAGGCGGACCGCCUAGGGAUCGAUCUCCGGAGUGCCACGGAUGCCGCGAUCGGCACCCUGUACAAAGAGAACGCGAUCAAGGCCAAAAGCGACGGCUGUCUGCGAAAUCCCGCCAACAUGACGAUACGGUUCGACGCAGCCGAUCAGACGCAGUAUGAUCUGGCCGGUACGGAACCCGGGCGGAACGGUUUUCGGGAGCUGGAAGUCUGCCGUGGAGCGGAGGGAUCCUCGCAGGAGGGAAAGCUGGUGAAAACAUUGAAAAAGAGCGCACGGCUGGAGGUGAACCUGCUCGGGAAGGCCGCGAUCCGCGCUGGGUUCCACAUGGAGCGAGCGACGCGGGCCUACGACGAACUGAAACGGGUCGGCGAGCGGCUCCACGUGAACGAUGAGCUGCACCUUCUGUACGUGAUCGUGAUGGAAGACGGCGGCGAGAUUCGACCGAAGCAGGACGAUUUCAUAUCAUUUUUCAACAAACUUUCACCCGAGGAGACCCGGAUAGCGAAAAGGUUCUUCAUCAGCGACUACACGAUAUCCAUGAUCCUCACCAGACGUUUAGAUAAGAUCGACAUGUCCCUACUGCGGCGCUUUUUCCGAACGCUCAUCGUCUACAACCUGUGGAACCUCGUUCCGCCGCAGGAGGUAGCGGUCCGUUUCAGCGUGGACGCCGGUUCCGUUCAGACCCUGAUGAGCAAUGCCGCCUCGACGGCAUCCGGUCUGCAGCGGUUCUGCGAGCAGCUACCCGAGCUGUGGGCAUUCGACGCCCUGCUGAAGCGCAUGGUGCAACGAUUGGCCCAUUGCUGUACGGCCGAACUGAUUCCGCUGAUGGAACUGCCGGCGGUGAAGAUUGGACGCGCACGGCAGCUUUACCGAGCUGGGUACACCUCUUUGUCUUCGAUCGCCAAAACGAAGGCAAGCGAUCUGGUGAGAUCGGUACAGCACAUGAACUACCGGACUGCGAAUCAGCUCAUCUUGUCUGCUAAGGCCAAACUCAUGGAGGAGUUCGAAGAGCUCCGCGGUCAAAUGGAUGAGUAUCUUCAACUUAAUUACAACAGUUAGUACUUCGACUGAUAGUCUUAAUCAUCGCUGGCGAAAGAAUCCAGCACGGUGCAAUAUAGUUCUCAUUUCGUUAUGUUGUUAGUAGAUUUGUUAUACGAUUUUUCUUCCAGUAUUUAACUAGCGUUUUUCCAAAGAGCUUUAAUGCAAUUUAUUUAUUAUUUUUUCGUUGACCAUCAGUUGAAAAUUAAACAUUACGUUUUCAGUUGUAUUAAUCGCAAUAAAUAUCGAUUUUUUAUACCAA